AUGGAUUUGUGUAAUGAAUUUGUAGGGGGAAUAGACGUCCAGCUGCCGGAUGUAGCUGCCUCCUGUUCCAUCAACCAUGUACCACCUAUGGAAAACAGAGCAGUGCCUCAAUGGAAUAAGAGCAAUACUGCUGGACUAUUGCUCAUAACCGAAAUUCCGUUGGACUUCACGGAACAAGAAAUAGCUCAAAGCUGCAAGAAGUAUGGCUACCUAUUGCGACUGGAGCUAAAAAAAGACACCAGAAGCGAGAAGCUAUAUGCGGUGGCCAACUUUGUGGACUGGGGCUCAGUGGACAAAGCUGUUUCUCAAGGUAAAAUCAGUGUCAAGGGAAAAGACUUGCCUGUAAAAUCAAUGCAAGAAGAUCUGCUAGGCA